AUGGCGACCACAUUGACUGACGACAAGCGAACUCAAUUACAGCCGGUUUGCCAGAAUUGCGGCACCUCUACUACCCCUCUAUGGCGCAGGGACGAACUCGGCUCAGUUCUCUGCAACGCCUGUGGACUGUUCCUCAAAUUGCACGGCCGACCUCGUCCGAUAAGCUUGAAAACUGAUGUGAUCAAGAGUCGCAAUCGCGUGAAAACCGGCCAGGGCCCCAAGCGCAAGUCUGGUGGCCCCGUCGAUGCCAAUGGCAUUCCAGCGCGCUCGGAGGCCGGGACCCCUCCUCUCGGCUCGCAUGGAUAUCGUCGACCGUCGCGCAAAAUGUCCUCGGGUCAUUCGGAUCGCUCCAACUCCCCCGUUUCCCGGACCGAGACACCUGGCUUUGGCUCGAUGCACGGCCACAACUCGAACAUUGCGCCGCAGCAUAUGUUUGACAGCGUCACCCUCGGCGACGGCAUGAACUCCUCCGGCCUCACCUCCCGCCAGAUGCGCCAACCUUCCCCCUCGGCAGUCGACCGCCAACUUGACUCCCCACACACAUUCGAAAGCCUCUUGGCCCUGAACACAUCUCUGAAGACACGUGUCAGUGAGCUCGAGUUCGUGAACGAGCUCUUCCGUGGUCGCGUCACCGAACUCGAGCAGAGUGACGCCAGCGCGCGUCGCUCUGAAAUGAUCGUACGAGAUUCCGAGGUCCGUUUGCGACGCUCUCUCGAGGAUGCUCAGCGACGGGAGGAGGAUCUCAAGCGUCGUAUCAGCGAACUCGAGCGUCAGUUGGGUUCCAGUGCUGGUGAUGCCGAGUCUGGCGAGCCGCUCGCAAAGAAGAUCCGACUAUCGGAUGUUGUGGAAACUGGUGAGGAAGUGCAGGCUAAAUCGCCCAAGAGCGUUUAG